AUGUCACCAGAGAGAAUUAGCGGGAGUACUUAUGACUAUAGCUGUGAUAUUUGGAGUUUAGGUUUGGUGGUACUGGAGUGUGCUAUCGGGAGGUUUCCUUACAUGCAAUCUGAAGAUCAACAAAGCUGGCCAAGUUUUUAUGAGCUUUUGGAGGCAAUUGUGGAAAGUCCACCACCUUCAGCUCAUCCGGAUCAGUUCUCCCCCGAGUUCUGUUCUUUUGUGUCUACCUGCAUACAGAAGGAUCCUCAACACCGAUAUCGUCGUAUUCAAAGCAUCGCGACUUCGUCAUAUAUUUUCACCGCCAACAUGACAACGGCUGGUGGAGCAUUUUCCGGGUCGAUUUCCAUUUUCCCAAGGAUCUGGAGUCCUCUUCUGGGUUCCCGAUCACUCCCACUCGAGUCACUCCAUCGGGGCUCCACUGCUUCACUCCGGCAGCUCUCCACGACGGUAAACGAAUCGGUAUCGCGACUCGCCGGCCCGGUAAGAAUUUUCGACACAUUGAGCUCUUUGAUGUCGAAUCCAAGACGUUUCAGCCGAUGUUAG